UCUUCACUAAAGAAAAAAACACUCAUCCAACCACCCAACAACACCGACAACAGCUUCUUCCUUUGAACAACUUCUUUACCGGCUCUUACCGCAGGAUGAAACCGCCAUACCGAUGAGGAAGCUGAAGCAUUACCGAUGAGGAAGGCGUCGGGAGAAUAAACCAGGAAUUUGGAGAGGGGGGGGGGGUCAAGGGCCCUUUUUGUUUUAGCCCAGUUAUGGACAGCUUCUUCAAGGCAGCAGUAUGUGAUCUGGACAAACUGCUCGAUGACUUUGAGCUCAAUACCGAGGAGCAUGAAUGCAAAUCGGUGUUCCUGAAGCCGUCGUCAUACCCCUUCUCCUCUCUCGGCCCUCAGUGUUUACCCUCCGAGGCGUCCGGCGUCCCGCCGAACCUCCCUGACCUUAACUCUCUCCAUUAUGGUUCUGCCACCAGCUGCACCGACAGCUCCGCCGCUGACAACGACAGAGAGCUCAAAGCUCAGCCUCUCACCGGAGUGGACCUCCUCUCCUCUGUGGAUCGCAGGGCCACCAAAAGCUUGGCGCCUCCCUGCCCCGAUCGCGCUCUGAAGCCGGUGUGCGACCUGGUGAACGACACGAGCUCGGCCAUCCUGGUCCAAGCCAACAGCCAUGAUGCUUUCAGUGAGCUGGACGCUGUGGAGAAGCAGAUGGAGGAGGAGCAGGAUAAGGAGGAGGAGGAGGAGAAGCAGGUGGAGGAAAAGGAGGAGCUGCUCGUUGACUUCAGCAGCCCCGUUGCUUACGCACGCGGAGAGGAGCGAGGUGCGCCAAACAACAACAGCUGUAGAGACACUAAAGAGGAGCAAACCUCUGCAGGGGUUGGCGGGCAGGUCGGCGGAUACUCGUCCUCGCUCUGCCUGCUGGACGUUAUUCUCCCCGCUGCCGUGGAGACGGGCUGCGACUCCACAACAGAUGAGUCACUGUCACUACACAACACCGAGUUGGCUGACGCACAGGAGAAGGAUUGUUGUGAGGAGGAGGUGGCAUGCAUAAACCAAGCAGUGGAAGCUUCCUCUGAGCACUGUAAAGAAGGAGAAGGAGAAGAAGAAGAAGAAGAAGAAGAGGAGGGCGCCCUGCCUGCUGACGUCUGCACAGAAGCUACAACAAGCUCAGAGACUAAAGAGGAUGAGUCAGAAGUAACCGUAGAUGAAUGUGAGGGGGAGACAGUGAACGCAGCGGCCUCAGAGAGCGAACCAGUGGGGCUGUCGUGCCUGCCCAUCGCUGUGUCCAUGUGUGGAGCUCUGGUGAGUCCAAACACAGAAGAUGAGUCGGGGGAAGCGGCAGAGCAGUCGGAAGAGGCAGAGGCAGACUUCCUGGCGGCGUUGGAAACCAGGGAGGCGAGGUCUGGUUUAGAGGAAGCGGCCGAUUCAGUUCUCCAGCAGCAGCUCGCAGGAGGCCGGCUGUCACCAGAGGGGCAGCAUCUCUCUCCCGAACCCGUCGUCGUCCCUCCCUCCGCAGACCUUCCCUCCUCGUCCGAUCGCUCUGAGCCCAGCCCGGUCGACCCUCCCGAGUUCGGCUUCGAGUACCUGCCGGAGAGCGACCAGGCGGAGCUGCUGGUCACGGACGAGGAGCUGGACGCCUUCCUGCAGGCGCACACGGAGGCGGAGCAGGGCCGAGGGAUCUCCUGCUGCAGCGAGGGCCUGUCACGAUCCAACGGGGGUCUGGAGGACGAGCAGCUGAGGAUUUGUAGUCUGGCUUCUCCAGAAAGCGACAGAACAAUGUGUGUUUCCGUGGAGGGGCGUUUAAACCCUGACGCUCCGUCAUUAUCGCAGGACUCUUGUCAAGAAGAGCCAGAAGUCUCCCACUCUACGACCAGCAACACUUUCCAGUCCCAGUACAGCGGUAGCUCCGAUCAGCAGCUCUCCUAUGGAGGAGCAAGACCUAAACAGCUACACUGCCAAACUGCAAGAUCUCCACCAGCAGGGGAGGAAGAGGAAGAGGAGGAGGAGGAUGAGGAGCAGGCCGGACCGAGCACAGCGGAGGAUGAAGAGAGUUCUCCGACAAGCUCCGGUCUGGUAGAAGAGCGUUCCAACGUGAGCCCAACGUACGGCGCUCAGGAGCAUCAGGAGUACAGCGUGGGGUACGACGAACUGUCCGAGCCCCCGCCGUACCCCGGGGAGUCGCCCACAGACGGAACGAGAGUGGUGAACUGGAAGAGAGAGGGGGGGGCGGAGGAGCCGGGGUGCAGGCAGCCAGCGUGGGUGCCUGACUCUGAAGCUCCCAACUGUAUGAACUGCUACCAGAGGUUCACGUUUACCAAGAGGAGGCAUCACUGUCGAGCCUGCGGGAAGGUUUAUUGUGCCGUGUGCUGCAACAGGAAGUGUAAGCUGAAGUAUCUGGACAAAGAGGCUCGCGUGUGCGUCAUCUGCUUUGAUAGCAUACACAGAGCCCAGGCCCUGGAGCGGAUGAUGAGUCCAACGGGUCCCAGCCCAAACCCCAACGUCCCAUCUGAGUACUGCAGCACCAUCCCCCCUUUGCAGCAGGCCCGAGCCGCCGGCACGCUCAACUCUCCUCCGCCUACCGUCAUGGUGCCUGUGUCCGUUCUCAAACACCCAAGCAACGACAGUUGUCCUCGUGAACAGAAGCGUGUGUGGUUUGCAGACGGCAUCCUGCCUAACGGUGAGGUGGCAGACACCACCAAGCUGUCGGUGACGAGCCGCAGGAGCUCACAGGAGUUUAAUGUCUCACCGGACCAAACAUCACCGAGCUCAGCAGGGUCAGAGGUCGGAGUCGGUAACUCGCCGACCCCCGAGGCGUCUGCUGUGGUAGAGGUGUUGCGCCCCCCGGUGUCGGGACCCUGGGACUACGCCCUGCUCUCUGGGAUCGGCUCUUCAGUGAAGAGGAUUCCCAGUCUGCUGUCGGAUAACGAGGACGAGCUCCCUCCUCUGCUCAUCACCACCGGGGAGGACGAAGCUGGAGAUGUUUUUGUUGAGGAGAGUCCCGCUCCCUGUCAGAUCCUGCACUUAUUAGAGGAGGGGGGGCCUCGUCCGUUAACGUUUGUCCUGAACGCCAACCUGUUAGUCAACGUCAAACUGGUCACAUACUCCAGUCGGCAGUGUUGGUGUUUCGGCUCCAACGGACUUCAGGCUCUGGCACAAAGAGAGCUGUUGUUUUUGGUGGAGUGUUUGCCCGAAGAAAAAACUCUACCCAGAGACCUUUUUACACUGUAUCUCAACAUUUACCAAGAUGCCCAAAAAGGCAAGUUUCUGGAGGAGCUGGACAACGUGACGUUCACCAGCAGUUUCCUGGGCAGCAAGGAUCACGCAGGUGUGCUGUUCUUCUCUCCCACCUGUCAGCCUCUAGACGGCCUCACUCUCCCCUCCCAGCCGUUCCUGUUCGGUCUGCUCAUCCAGAAGCUCGAGGUUCCCUGGGCCAAAGUGUUUCCUCUCAGGCUGCUGCUGCGGCUCGGAGCUGAAUACAGCGUGUAUCCCACUCCGGUGGUUAGUAUCCGUUUUCGGGAGUCUGUGUAUCGAGAGACGGGACACACCAUCAUGAAUUUACUGGCUGAUCUGAGGAACUACCAGUACAGUCUGGCGAUGGUGGAAGGUCUGAGGAUCCACAUGGAGAUGGGCCACAGCUACAUCGACAUUCCCAAAUGUAACUUCAACGAGAUGCAGAAGGUUGUGAAUUCAUCCAACGAGCACGUCAUCAGCAUCGGAGCGAGGUUCAGCAGCGAGGCCGACUCCCACCUGGUGUGUUUCCAGAACGAAGACGGAAACUAUCAGACGCAGGCCAACAGCAAGCCGGGAAAAACACGCACAGUGACUGGUGCCAGUUUCGUGGUGUUCAACGGAGCGCUGAAAGCCUCGUCAGGGUUUAUUGCCAAGUCCAGCAUUGUUGAAGACGGGUUGAUGGUUCAAAUCCCUCCCGAGACGAUGGAGUCGCUCCGCGCUGCGCUUCGGGAGCAGACCGACUUCCACAUUCCCUGCGGCAGGAAUGACGGAGGGGAAGUCAGAGAGAACGUCACUGUCCGCUGGAUCGACUGGAGUUCGCCUGUCAACAUGGGUAGAAGCAGCGCCGUGGAUGGGAAACCUCUGGAUGGAGUCCGCAGUGUGAGGAUGCAGCAGGACGCAGAGUUUGAGGUGGACGGACGAACUAUUCAAUGCACUGAGGUGUUUUACCAGCCGAAGGCUCCAGACUGCAGCUUGGCGUCGGUGCUUCAGUCCUGCCUGGUGUUUCAGAAGGAGAUCGCUCUGGCAGCGUGCAGCGCUCUGACGCCUCACCUCGCCGUUCUCACCUGCAGCGGCAUCAACUCGCUCUCCCUGCGUGUCUCCACACAGGCCGACAUGGUGGAGUACCAGGCUGGCUCUGGAGGCCAGCUCCUCCCUCAGCGCUACAUGAACGAGCUGGACAGCGCUCUGAUCCCCGUCAUCCACGGAGGAAGCGCCAGCGUGCCGCAGACUGCCAUGGACAUGGAGUUCCUCUUCUACAUCACACACACCAUCUAAACGCACACGCAGACUGCCGCGACACACUCGCAGUUAGACUUUUAAACAAAACAAAAAAAACACAGUGGUGGAGCACAGAAGGAGAAGCUGUCGUAGUAGCGGAGACGAUGCUAACGUAGCAGCUAACCGGAGAGGACGAGUAGCUGCCGGUGAAACAUUCCCACUCUGGGAGGGAAAUCCGAACUUUUUUUUUUUGUUGUUGUCGGAUUUUUUGGAAGGAUAUAAACUGAUUAAAAUAUUUGGUUUUCAGUGGAGGAACCAUUGUAUGUUUGUUGCGUUUCGUGCUCACCAAAGCUGCUUUAAUCCAAGAAGCCAAACACUAAAAAAACAACAACAACAAGGAAAACGACAAACACGACCAAAUACAACCAAACUAUUCAAAAAACAACGUUGUUUCUUCUUCUUCUUCUUCUUCUUCUUCUUCUUCUUCUUCUUCUUCUUCUUCUUCUUCUUCUUCUCGCUCUGCCUUCCAGGCUCCUCGCUGGCUCUUCCCCCGUCAGCUCGGGACGCACCUCGAUGAAUGUUUCCCCCCCCAAACACACACACACACACACACACACACAAGACGCUCUUUAUCGAAAAUGUCUUAUUUGGAUGUAUUUAUUAUAUUUCAACACGGCGAAAUGAAUGAAUGAAAUGAUUGAAAAAAAGAAAAAUUGGAGCGAGGGACGAUGCUGACCGCAGGAUUCAGAGGUGAUGCAUAAUAUGAUCAGGUGCUAACUGUAUUAGCCGCUUUGUUUUGUUUUGUUUUAAACACACCGCAGGGAUGAAAAGUAGUGUCAUCAUCUCAUUUCAUCUCUUGGUACUAUGCUCUCAUUUCAUCACAUGCUGGUUUUCAAUGAGACUGCACAGUUGAAAACAUCGGGUCUCAUGCAAGAACAUAUUUUUAUUUUAUUUAUUUUUCUACUCCGAAAACUUUAGUUCACUUUUUUUGUGAGGUUUUUUGCUCGACUAAUUUGGCGUAAAAUCGCUCGUUUCAUCGUGAGUUUGUUGAGAUUGGAUGAUUUAAAUUUGCACAAAGAGCUGCUAACGAUAUGAUGAAGAAAUACAAUAAAUAAAGAAGGAAUUAUCUGAAAUGAAGAAGUCUCGUUAAAGCAAAACACGAUAAAACAUGAUUUAAAUUAAAUGUGAUAAAGAGGAUGAAACAAUGUUAUAAAGGAGGUGAUGCUACACUUUCAGGUGUUAUAAUGGAUGCUUGUAUGCAUAGCGGGAAAGCUGAAAAACGUUCCCAUCAACUACCGAAGUCUAUUUAGCUGCUAAUUGAUUUCAGUCACAUUUAAAAUGUAAAAUCAUUAAAGUUUUAAUUAACCCUCCUGUUUUCUUUCCAAUCAACCGUGCAACUUAUAUCUAGUUUGACUGUUUAUAAAUGCAUAAGGUUGAAAUUAUCUUCCAAUUCUGUGUUCAUACUAACUUAUUACCACAAGUUUUACACAUAUUAUAAUUAAUAGGACUCAUUUAAAUGAAACUAUAGCUCAUUUUUGAGUUAACGCCUGUACAGGAGGGUUAAUUUUACGACUGGGCGAUAUGGAUAAAAUCAAAUAUCCAAAUACCUCGAUAUCGAUAUUGCAGGAACAUUGUAAGGAUGACUAUCAGUGCUUUCACAAACUAUUUACACAAUGAGAAUUUUGAUAAAUAAUCAUCAGUAAUGUGUAUAUAAUGACAAAGUGGGUAAAAGGCAAAUAAUAGAAGUUUAGAAAAUUAAAUCAUUUUACUGUAAUGCAGCUUUUAAAAGCAGGAAAAGACACUUAUGCUGUAUCAUGAUAUUACGAUAUCAAAAUACUAACAUGAUAUCUAGUCUCAUAUCAUAAUUUUUUAAUAAUAACGAUAUAUUGUUCAGCCAUAGUUAAUAGUUAAAAUCAAACUGUGGAGAAAAUCUGAUUUUGACUCAUACGAAACGUCUUGAACCACAAAGAAAUAAGUGAAUUCGACUAAUUCUGUUAAAUUUGGAGUUGGUUUAAUUAAUGGUUCUUGCAUGAGGCCCUGUGUGUGUGUGUGUGUGUGUGUGUGUGUGUGUGUGUGUGUGUGUGUGUGUGUGUGUGUGUGUGUGUGUGUGUGUGUGUGUGUGUGUGUGUGUGUGUGUGUGUCAUUAUCGUGGAUCCAUCUCCUCGCUACAUGAAGGUAAAAGUGUCUUGACGGGUUUGUUUUGUCACUAAGAAGAGAUGAAAUCAUCCAUUCAGAGCUUCCUCUUCAAAACACACACACACACACACACACGCAAAUGAUUCUGCUUAAAAACUGAAUGUGACCGCUUCAUUUUUCUUUUAUUUUGAAAGGGUUGAAGUCGACAUCCUGUUUCCUGCAUGAAACUUUAAUUUAAAACUUAAAGCUUUUUUUUUUAUUGUCAUUUUGCCAGGAAUGCAUCUGCUAUAUAUUUCUUAGCUUCACUGCAGAUCAGUAUUUUCCAGCUCAAAUACCAAUGAUUUAUUUUAUUUCUUCUUCUUCUGUUUUACGUCGUCUUCAGUGUUUCAGUCUCAGUGAACUUGUCAGAUUUUGCACAGGUGAUGGGAUCCUUACAUCACAUUUUUACAACUCUUCAAAAAUCAUUUCACAUUUACGAAUUGUGUACAAGCUUGACUUUGAAAACUUUAUAAGAGAGUAGUUUGAGGGGGAAAUAUGCUUCUUCGCUUUCUUUACCGAGUGUUUAAAAUAUGAGAUUUGUAUCAAUCUUCUCGUCACAUGCUCAUUUAAUGAUAUAGUGUGUUUUUAGGGAUAAACACAGAGAAUAAGUCCAUGUAAAAUCUCAAUUUAUUGUCUUAAACUCUUUGGUUUUUAUCCCGAUUAAACAAACAAGAUACAACAUGUAUUUCCCACCAUUUAUACUAAUCCAUAUGUGCACGUUAAAUCUACAUCAGGGGGUUUAUCUGUGUGAUUCAGAGGCUGUCAGGGUUUUAUUAACAUGGUGUUUCUAUCAGGAAUGGAAAUAAAUUCAAUGAUAUCAAUGUUUAAAUGUCAUUUAACCAACUUGGUGAUAAAUGAGAAGGUAGUAGAAGGAGAGAAAUCGAGGGUAUCAAGAGAAAAGGACAGAUAAAGAAGGUGAAAAUUAACUUUUAUCUGCUAUUUAUUGGAUGUAAUUCUCAGUUUUAUCAAUGAAGUGUUUGAACUACACAGCAGACAGGAGGGUUAAAGAAGUAUAUAAAUUAGUGAGAAUAGACCAAAAAUCACUGUAAAAUUGUUAAAACGUGUUACCGUUAGAACAUCUGAAACUCCAGAUGUGCAUGUUUAACCUGCAUUUGAGGGUUUAUCUGUGUGGAUUAGAGGCUGUUCAGCUUUCAUAAUUCAAUGAUAUCAACAUUAAAAUGUCAUUUAACCAACUCAGUGAAAAAGGUUAAGGUGGUAAAAGGGAGAGAAAAAGAGUAUGUGCAUUAUAGAUGAGGAAAAAUGACAUAUGGACAGAGAGAGGAGGUGAAAUUAACCUUUUAUCUGCUAAUUAUUGGAUGUAAUUCUCAGGUUUAUCUAUGAAGUGUUUAAACUACACAGCAGACUGAAGUUUGUAGGGUUAAAUCUACAUUUGCUGUCUUAAAGAAGUAUAAAUUAAUGAGUAUUGUUUCUUUAUUAGAGAGAAAAAAAACGUGUAAAAGCAACAAUUUGGCGAUUUGUAGUCAUUUUUUUGUGCUGUGCUAUUUCUUUAAAAACAUAAUUGAUCAUUUAUUGAGCUUUAAAGGUGCAGCCAGGUGGAUUUAUGCUCCUUAUUUACACUACAGACACGACAGAGUGAGCUCAAACGUCUCAUAUAACACUCAGAAAGUACGUGAAUGAGCAUAAUUCCUUUUUUUUUUCUUUUUUUUUGGUUUUCGAUGCCCUGAGCUCAACUAGUCUCCUCUCAGGUGCUAAAACCUUUCAUUCGUAGUAUUUUACCAUCAGAGCUUGUUUCAUGUUUUAAAAUAAAUGAAUUUAAUGUAACUUCACAGCAGCUUUAAUGCACUUUAGAACAGAGGAACAGCUCUGAGGUGUACAAUUAAAAUGUCAUGAAGGUUUUUGCAGAACUGCCAUUUAAUUAUUUCUCUUUGAAGCUGGAUUAUAAAUAAAAAAGGCUCCAUAACCGGUGAAAUGCAACCCAGGUUUAACCUUCGUGUCGUCCUCCUGGGUCAAAUUGACCCCGUCUGUUUUGACUGUUCCUUCUUUCCUCCCUUCCUUCCGUCUGUCCUUCCUCCCUCCCUCCUCUCUUUCUUUCCUUCCUCUCUCUUUCCUUUCUUCCUUCCUUCUGUCCUUCCUCCCUCCCCUCCCUUCUGUCCUUCCUCCCUCCCUCCCUCCUUCUUCCUUCCCUCCUUCCCAUCCUUCCUUCCUUCCUUCCUUCCUUACUUCCUUCCUUCGUUCUUUCCUUCCUCGCUUCCUUCUUUCCUCCCUCCCUCCUUCUCUCUUUAUUUCCUCCCCAUUACCUUCCUUCUUUCCUCUGUCCUUCUUC